AUGAAGACAUGGGGUCUUGUUUCAUUAUCUGCGGAGUUUUCCGGAGGUGAGAAUACACGAGUUGUUUGCCAAGUUGGAAGACCGUGUGGAAAGUUUCGAGGCUUCAGCGCCAAAUCCUCAGUUGAGGACGGUGGGGGUGCUUCUACUUCGAUGCCUGUUGUUGCACCUGGUUGUCUUUUACCUGCACCUCCACCUGUUCUAGCACCGGCAGAUAGGUCACCUGGUUUGAUUACUGGUCUUGUUGGUGGUGGUGAACCGGAUCAUGUUGAGGACGCGAUGCGGGACUAUGAUUCGGACGAUGAGCCCGAUCACAUAUCAGGGGAUAGUGAGAAGGAGACUCCAGUGCCCCCACCUGCACCUCAGGGGCCAUCCAGUUCUGGGUCCCACCAACAAUCGCCACAUUUCUCGACGUUGAACCUGGAAGCAAUGAGUCAACAACCAGAUGAUGCACAUACCUUCGGAUACCAAGGAUUACACGAGGGCAAUGCUUCUGGGGAAUUUCAGAUUGGUCAAUCUUUCCAGACUAAGGAGGAAGACGUGAUGAGUGUUAAGGAUUAUAGCAUUCGUCAUGGAGUUCAGUAUCGGGUUAUUGAAUCUGAUCAUCUGAAGUAUGUUGGGAGAUGCAAGGAGUAUGGAAAUGGUUGCACCUGGAUGAUCCGCGUGGCACUUCGGCAGCGCAAGGGUAACUGGGAGGUUAGAAGGUACAAUGGAGCCCACACUUGUCUGGCCACAUCGAUUUUGAGCGACCACCGACAGCUUGAUUACCAUGUAAUUUGUGCGAGGAUCUAUCCGUUGGUUAGGGCGGAUGCAGCGGUUACCAUAAAGGUGUUGCAAGAAGCUACUGAGUUAACCUACGGAUUCAGGCCUAGUUACAGGAAGGUGUGGAAGGCAAAGCAAAAGGCAGUCGCCCAGAUUUACGGGGAUUGGAAAGAGUCAUAUGCGGAGUUGCCCUGGUUGAUCCUUGGGAUGCAAGCAACGAUGGACGGAACCGUGGCUUUGUUGAAGACUUCUCCAGUCCGUGUAGGUGGUGAGGUUGAUGAGUCUACAGAGUACUUUCAUCGACUUUUCUGGACGUUCCUUCCAUGCGUUGAGGCUUUUAAACAUUACAAGCCACUAAUCAACAUUGACAGAACGCAUCUGUAUGGGAAGUAUGGCAUGACUUUGCUUCUGGCUAUUACACAAGAUGGGAACUCGAAUAUAUUGCCUGUUGCAUUUGCACUUGUUGAGGGGGAGAAUGCUGAGUCGUGGGCUUUUUUCUUAUCCCACUUGCGUCAAUAUGUGACCCCACAGGAAGGCAUUAUGGUGAUUUCUGACAGACACAAUAGCAUUAAGGCUGCACUAGAGGCACCAGACAGUGGUUGGAAACCGCCUCAUGCAUAUCGAGCGUAUUGCAUUCGACACGUUGCAGCUAAUUUUGCUCUCAGUUUCGAGGGUCAAGAUGCAAGGCAGAUGCUCGUGAAUGCGGUGUAUGUCAAGACUGAGGCCGAGUUUGACUACUGGUUUGAUAUUAUGAGGAUUGAGAAUCCGGCCAUGUGUGAUUGGGCCAACCGACUGGAGUACGAUAAGUGGACCCAACACCAAGAUGGAGGCAGACGGUUCGGCCACAUGACGACGAAUAUAUCCGAGUGUGUUAACUCUGUACUGAAAGGGACACGCAAUCUGCCGGUUAGCAGAGCUUUUUAUCGUUCGAGGACAGACAGCAGAGGCACAAUUGGGAUCAGGCCAACGGUUUUGCCAUGCGCUGGUCAAGGCGAUAGAGCGCAACCUGAAAGAUGCGAGGUGCUUCAUGGAUACUCUGUUCGACAGAUAUCAGUCUGA